UCCCAAGUGAGCCUACAUGACACGGUUAGCUUGAUCGAUCUCCAAAAAAUGGCCGUUUCAAAUAUAUAUCUUUUCCCGACAAUUUGGUAUAUAUCUUACGUGCUGUCAACUUUGUUAUAUAUACAUUUCAUUCUUUGCAACGUAAUACUACAAGCACUCGAUCUCAUGGCUUCAAAAUAUAAUAUACAAGUUCUUCUCUUCCUCUUCUUCCUCUCAACUUUGUCUUUGAAAGUUUCUUCUUUGCUGAAAUCGGAGAAAGAAGAAGACUACAAUAGUUGGAUAUCGUGGAAUGUCAAUAAUUUUAGUAAGAAGUAUAAUGCGGAAGUAGAGACACUCACGCGAGAACCGACGGGAAUUGGGAGUAAAGUUCUUGAUUUGAAAUUGAGGAAUGCUGAGAUGAACAAAGUUAGAAUCAAUGUUAGUCAAGACGGAACCGGUGAUUUCAAGAGCAUCAAAGAAGCCCUUGAUAGUAUUCCGUUGCACAACACCAAAAGAGUGAUUCUGACCAUAAAACCAGGUGUUUAUAGGGAAAAAAUUGUUAUCCCUAGAACUUUGCCUUUUAUUACAUUUUUAGGGGAUUCCAAUGAUCCACCAACUAUAACGGGGAAUGACACGAAGUCGGUGACUGGAACAACUUUCAGCACUGCCACUGUUGGUGUCAACGCAAGUUACUUUGUGGCCAUCAACAUGAAGUUUGAGAACACAGCAACACAUGACAAGGGAUCCGUCAGAGAACAAGCGGUGGCGCUUCGGAUCUCAGGAACUAACGCUUCAUUUUACAAUUGUAGUUUUUAUGGUAAUCAAGACACGCUUUAUGAUCACCACGGUGUUCACUAUUUCAGUAAUUGCUUUAUUCAAGGCUCCGUUGAUUUCAUCUUCGGCUAUGCCCGCUCCCUUUAUGAGAAUUGCACCUUGAACUCAGUAGCCAAUAAGGAUGGGGGCUAUUUCACCGCUCAAAAGCGCACUAAUUCUUCAUGGGGUAGUGGGUUUUCCUUCCAAGAUUGCAAGGUAACUGGGAGUGGGUUGGUUUACCUUGGAAGAGCAUGGGGUGACCGCUCCAGGGUAAUUUUUUCUUACACAUACAUGGACAAUGUUGUUCGUCCCGAAGGAUGGGAUAACUGGCACCACCCGGAGCGUGAAUUGACUGUUUAUUAUGGAGAAUACAAGUGUAGUGGCCCAGGAGCCAAUUUCACUGGAAGAGUGCCGUGGGCACGCUUAUUGACGGACAAAGAGGCCGAGCCUUUUAUAGGAACCAACUACAUCUAUGGGGAUACCUGGCUUAUCAACCCGGCCACCAUCUGAAAUAAUUUAGAUUGCAAUCCAUGUUUUGGUCAGCAAUUAAUUAAUAAUACGGGCUCAUAUAUAUUUUCUUUUGGAUAUUGCUCACAUCAUUUUCAGAAUUUCAUGUACAAUUUCACUGAUGUAUAUCUGGGCAGAUGUUAGAGCUCUUUAUAUAUGUUUAUGUUCCAUUUGAGUUAUACAACAUUCCAAGCAAUCGAUUUGCGGAUCCUACACAAACACGGGAAAAAAAUGAAAGAAAGAAAGAAAGAGAAGAUACAAAUAGGAGUAGUAAUUGUGCUAUGUACGUACCCAAUGGGUGGUAUAGAGACUACCUGUACUACCGAAUAUAAGUUGGGACAAAGUAGCAGACUUUCUCGUUCUCUAAACUAAUGAUGUAAUCAAAUGAUAAAACAUUUAGUUGGAUGAAAACAAAGAAGAGGUGAGAAGGCAAAUUACAUAAAAAUUUAAUUAGAUUUCUAACCGUUGUUUGUUGUAGUUGCGCAUGUGCUUAUAAAAGUAUCGAUCUAUCCGAUACAGUAAUUGAUGGAGGAAAGGAAACAAGGAACGGAGAUUUAUUUUUCCCCCCUUUUACGGCACCCAAAUCCAACUCUCAUGAUCUAUAUAUACUCCGGAUCCCAUGGGCAGUACUAAUCUCAUAAUCUGCACCAACAAUAAUACUCCACACAAAGUCAUGAUCAUAGUGCUGCAGCUCCUUACCACCAAGGACGACCAAGUUCCUUUGUCUUCCAGCAUCCUUGUAGUCGGUAUUGGUCUCUAUUAAACCCUCCACCAGCAGGCAUUCCUCGCAGUGUCGAAAUUUCAUUAGAGCUUUUAGCAACAACACUAAUGAAGCCAUUGGUUUGCACAAAUUGAUUUGAUUACCCCAGC